AGAGAGAGAGGGAGCGAGCGCGCGCGAGAGAUAUGCAGCACCAGUGGAAGGGAAACACACCCGUCAGCGGCGCGCAGAGAGAGAGAGAAGGAAAAAAAGACUUCACGGACAAAGGAAAUAUGGACGCGACUGAGAGGUAUCCAUGCACACUAAAGUCGGAACGGAUAUCUUUCACGUAUUGCACAUAAAUGGGAAACCUCUCGGUUUACUUUGAUGCUGUGGUCGGAGGUAAUUUUCUGCAAAUUAAAGAAGACGGGAAGCUGUAUUUAAUCCGUCUGCGGAUCCGAUGAUCUUGCAAUGGCUUUUGCCGGUAAAUGUAACUGCAUAGAAAUUAAUGUGCCUCUUUCUUUUUUGGUACUGCUAUUAUUUUGUGGCCUUGCUUUUGGAGAGAUACAAUUUUCAGUUGUAGAGGAACUGGAAAAUGGGGCAGUUGUACGUGACAUCACACAGGAUUUGGGUUUGGAUAUCCGAAAGCUCUCCACCCGAAAGAUUAAGGUAACCUCUACCAACGGUAAGAGGUAUAUUGAUGUUAAUAAGAGCGGAAGAUUAUUUGUCAAUGACAGAAUCGACAGAGAGGCAUUGUGCGAUUCGAGCAGUUCUUGUCGUUUGGAUUUCGAAGUGCUUCUUGAAAAUCCGUCUGAGGAACACAAUGUCGAGGUGGACAUACUGGACGCGAAUGACAAUGCGCCGCAAUUCCCCAGGGACGAAUACCAGUUAGAAAUUACAGAAUCGGCGUUGCCGGGAUCUCGUUUCCCCAUCGAGCACGCCCAAGACCCUGAUGUGGGUUCAAACUCGGUUCGACAGUAUCGCCUCAGCCCAAACGAGCACUUUGCUCUCGAUUCCAACAAGCCAUCCCUCAACAGCAAGCACAUCGAGCUCGUGCUCAAAAAGCCGCUGGAUCGCGAGCAAACGCCUUACCACGAGUUAAUAUUGACAGCCUCAGAUGGUGGCUCUCCGGCCUUGACAGGUACCGCCAAAAUUAACGUCCGUGUUCUAGAUUCGAAUGACAACGUGCCUGUGUUUGACAGUUCCGUGUAUAAAGUCAAGCUGCUCGAGAACUCGCCUAAGGACACGUUAGUGAUCAAGCUCAAUGCCACGGACCUCGACGAGGGCACAAAUGGCGAGGUGUUCUACUCGUUUAGCAGCUACACCCCUGAGAGGGUCAGACAGAUGUUCUCCAUGGACACCAACACGGGGGAGAUCCGUGUCAAGAGCAACGUGGACUAUGAGGACACCACCUCCUAUGAGAUGUACAUCCAGGCCAUGGACAAGGGGCCUGCUGCCGUAGCAGCCCACUGCAAAGUGGUGGUGGAGGUGGUGGACGUCAACGACAACGUCCCCGAGAUCGUCCUCUCGUCGCUGUCCAGCCCCGUGCGCGAGGACGCCCGCGCCGACACCGUGGUGGCGCUGAUCAGCGUGACGGACCGCGACUCGGGCCCCAACAAGCAGGUGAGCCUGGAGAUCCAGCCCGGCCUGCCGUUCAAGAUCAAGUCCUUCCGCAACUACUACACCCUGGUGACGUCCGCCUUCCUGGACCGCGAGACCACGGCGGCGUACAACGUGACGCUGAGCGCCACCGACGGGGGCACGCCGCCCCUCUCCUCGCAGAAGACCAUCCAGGUGGACGUGGCCGACGUCAACGACAACCCGCCCCGAUUCGAGCAGACCUCCUACACGGUCUACGUGCCCGAGAACAACGCCCCGGGCGCCUCCCUCUGCACCGUCAAGGCCAUGGACUCGGACGUCAACGAGAACGCCCGCAUCACCUACACGGUCCUCAACGACAACAACCACGGCAUCCCCGUCACCUCCUACGUGUCCAUCAAGCCGGACACGGGCGUGGCCUACGCCCUGCGCUCCUUCGACUACGAGUCGCUGCGCGAGUUCCACUUCCAGGUCAAGGCGCAGGACGGCGGCAUCCCGCCGCUGAGCCGCGUGGCCACCGUCUACAUCUACGUGAUGGACCAGAACGACCACACGCCGGAGAUCAUCAACCCGCCGGCCAACGGCACGCGCUCCACCGAGACGGUGCCCAAGAACGCCGACCCGGGCGCCCUGGUGACCAAGGUGGUGGCGUACGACGCCGACGCCGGCCCCAACGCCUGGCUCGUCUACGUCCUGGAGCAGGCGUCCGACCUGGACCUGUUCAAGGUGCACGAGCACACGGGCGAGGUGCGGACCACGCGCCGCGUCCUGGAGGACAACUCCACCUCCUUCAGCCUGACCGUGCUGGUGCGCGACCACGGCCUGCCGUCGCGCUCCUCCACCGCCACCAUCAACGUGGCCAUCCUGGAGGCGCCGCCCAAGGUCAUGCCGGACCCCAAGCGCAUCGUCCGGCCGCACGGCACGCUGGGCGGGAUCUCCAACAUCACGCUCUACCUGAUCGUGGCGCUGUGCGCCACCACCUUCGUCUUCCUGGUCACCGUGGUGGUGCUGGCCAUCGUCCGCUGCCACGCCUACUGCUCCCAGCCCGGCUCCUGCUCCCCGUGCUGCGUCUCGC